UGUCUGCAAACAGCAGAGCUGAAAAAUGUUGAAAUCAGUUUUUCUCAGCUUUAUUGAUGUUUUUUGGUCUUCUGUGGCUUGUGGCUUCCUUGUAGCUUUCUGUGCUCACAACAUUUCGCGACACCUGCCGAGAGGACACGAAACAAGUCAUGUUUACGUUUUACUUCAGGAUCUUAUCAGGUACGGAAAAACGAAACACCUGAAACGAGGCGACUGGCUGCAAGUGUUUGACGUCCCGAAAAGAUGGUUCUGGCACUUUUAUUCCAUCUCUGUUUGCUGGAAUGGUUUUCUUCUGGUCUUGUACCUGAACUUCACCUUUCAGAACCAGUCCUAUCCAUCAUGGCUGAACGGACUGUUAGACAUUUUGACGGGUGUACCAAACUCUGACAGUCAAGUCCCACAGCUGGUCACUGUGCUGGUGCAGCUGCUGCUCUCCUUCCACUCCCUGAGGAGGCUGCACGAGUGCCUGUUUGUCAGCGUUUUCUCAGACGGGGCCAUGCAUUUGUUGCAGUAUGUGUUCGGUCUGGUUUAUUACAUCAUGAUGGGGCUGACGGUGCUCGGAUCAGAUCGUCUUGAAAGAGGCUCUGGACCUCUCCUCUCCCAGCUGAACUGGUGUCAUGUGACAGGAAGUGUUCUUUUCAUCAUGGCCUCACUGAUGCAGCAUCAAUGCAUGGUCCAUCUGGCCGCGCUUCGCACUGGAAAGUCAGGAUCUGUGGAGACGCUGGCUCACAGACUUCCAGAGGGCGGCUGGUUCGACCUCGUGUCCUGUCCUCAUUAUUUGGCCGAGCUGCUACUUUACGUCUCUCUGAACCUGAUGUAUGGAGGUGUUUCUCUCACCUGGUGGACCGUCUUCCUCUUCGUGCUCUUCAGUCAAGCUCUGGAGGCUCAGCUCUGUCGUGAAUUUUAUAUCAGUAAAUAUGAGUCAUAUCCCAGGAACAGGAAGGCUUUCAUACCUUUUGUGCUGUGAGGGUAUCGUCGUCACUGUUUCUGUUCUUCUUUUCUGGACCUGUGAAGUCCUACAAGAUUCAUUUCCAUCCCUGAAGAUGGAAAUUAGCUAGCUAUCUAAAUCUGGUACAAAGCAUCUCUUCUCUUCUGAGACUAAUGUUUUUUGUUUUGUACACUGUCCCUGAUUCAAAUAAACGAUUAAAUGAACUACAAAACUAGGAAAGACAUGACAGGGUGUGAAACUCACCUCUCUCAGCAUUGAUUGACAAGAUGCUCUCAAACAGGUGAAGCUGCUCAAUAAGUGACAGCUGGCGGCUCUCGGGCGAAAAUGUGACGCAUGGCAGAGAUGCAGGAACAUUAACAGCGUUAAAGAUCUCCAGCAGGUGAGACGGGAGCUGUUUCUGCGGGAGAAACUUUAACUUGUUUGAGCUCAAACAAUGAUUUAUGUCGGCAAAAUGUAGAUGUAAAAAGUGUUUCUACAAUUUAAACGUCUUACAAAACCUAAGACGAUAUCCAAAUAAUGUAGUCUUUUAUUAUUACUUUCAUUGGAACAUAACAUAUAACAGGCACUACAAAAAUAAACAUUAACUAAAGAGGGGGAAAUCAUGAAAAUGAUAGUUGCAAAUGCUGUAAAUUGUUUUUGUAUCUCGACAUCAUUGUAAAUGAGGGAAACCUGAAUGAUUUUCAAGGCUUAAAUAAAGGUUGAUGUUGAUGAUGUCGAAAAGCCUUUCUGAUAUUGGCUAAAUCUUCAGAAAAACUACAACAUAAAUUGCAGUUUGUUUUUUGAGAUACUGCUCUUCAAUACAAAGCAAACCAAGUGUGAAGGUGAAAUCAGUUUUUUAAGGUUUUUUAAAGUUUUGUCUGUAUUUUUACUGUAAACUGCUUGGUUUCAUUUUUUUUUUUUAAUUUAGAAAUAAUCCCUACUGAUUAUUCAGAUUAUUAACAGGGUAAGAAGGCCUGUCAAUUUCAAUUAAAAUGUAUCUUGAAGCUAGUUAUUUUCCGUUUAUAUUAUUGUUACUGAUUUAAAUCUUUUUAAUCUGUUUGUUUUAUGACUUAUUGUGACUGACAGGGUUCCCAUUGUAUUUAAAAUCCUGAGAAGUCAUGGAAUUUAAAACAUUUCUUUGUGGUUCUUUGUUAGAUUUGUUUCAACUCAGACUGCAAUGCCAAGAAAUAAAAACACCAACUGUAAAAGUACUAAAAAAGAAUAUUAGAAUAACAGUUUAAAGUUUACACAUUGACUGCCCUUAUAUUAUUCUAAAGCAAGAUUUGAUUUUACUGUUGGGGUUGGUUUAGGUGGAGCAAGUUUUGUUUGUUUUUUUGUAAAUGGCUGUAUAAUUUAAAAUAUUUAUAAUUAUGGAUUAUUCUGAUUAUUUUCUCCAUUGCUUGCUAUGUUGCUUCAUCACUAUUGUUUGGUAUAAUUGAAAUCUGAAAGAAACGUUACAUAGUAAAGUUCUGUUUUGUGUGGUCA